GAAAGGUGGGUUUGUUGUUGUAAGAAAGAUGGGUUUGUUGUAAGAAAGAUGGGUUUGUUGUCAGAAAGAUGGGUUUGUUGUUGUAAGAAAGAUGGGUUUGUUGUAAGAAAGAUGGGUUGUUGUCAGGAAAGAUGGGUUUGUUGUAAGAAAGAUGGAUGGGUUUGUUGUAAGAAAAAACGGGUUUGUUGUCAGAAAAAACGGGUUUGGUGUCAGGAAAGAUGGGUUUGUUGUAAUAAAGAUGGAUUUGUUGUAAGAAAAAACGGGUAUGUUGUCAGGAAAGAUGGGUUUGUUGUAAGAAAGAUGGAUUGUUGUCAGGAAAGAUGGGUUUGUUGUCAGGAAAAAUGGGUUUGUUGUAAGAAAGAUGGGUUUGUUGUAAGAAAGAUGGAUUUGUGGUCAGAAAAAACGGGUUUGUUGUCAGGAAAGAUGGGUUUGUUGUAA